AGUCUUGGUUCUUUUAUCGCUGCUAUCCUCUGCCGACACCCGGCGUUUGUUGUGGCUGUUUUUUUUUGUGCUGUUUUUCUUCUCAGUAGGAUUUAGUUUAAGUGCCAAUAUUUGGAUGGAUCUGGCUUUAGAUGGGAUGUUAUCGGGAAACGGGGCGAGUUCGUCUUUCGGGCUUCUUGGUUAGCUGACGUCCACGGUACGGACUGUAAGCUUAGCUAACUUUGCUAACGCGUGCUAAUCGUACCGUGAAGAAGUAAAGUAGCAGCAAGUUUCUUCCUUUCUGUGGGCCGUAUUUGAUUAUUAAAAAUAGAUUUCUUUAUCGCUGUAUAGCUGGGAGCGUUUUAAUAACGCUUUAAAAGCUUAAACCACUGCGCUCCUGGUUCUGUAUUACUCCACUGGAUUCAGACAGCCAGCUUGCAUCACAUCACCAGCUGCCAAAAUGAUGGACUUUGAUAACAUAUUGAACAUCGCCAGGGAAAAUCAGGGCGGCAGUGGUUCACAGAAGAGAUACAGUUUACAAACUGGACCACCGAAGAAGGAUCCGAAGUCGAAAGGCGUAAAUCCUGCUGCUGUGCAAGCGCUUUUGAAGAAGCAAACUGUUGAGACCAGAUUGAAAGAACUGGAAAUGAAGAAACAGAAGGAGGAACUAAACGCCAAGAGGGUUGAGUUGAAGUCGGAUCGCAAAGCACGAGCCAUGGCCUCCAGAACUAAGGACAAUUUCCGGGGCUACAAUGGUGUCCCGGUGGUAGAGGUUCCCAAGAAGAGGAGAUCAAAACAAGAAAUGCAGGAUCAAUCAACGGACGCAGGCAGAUUUCAGAAUAACUCAUUUGACCCAGAUGAUGAGGAUAAUUAUGAAUAUGAACAGUCAGAUUCAGAGACCGAGCAGGAGCCACUGAGACCUGGGAGAACCACAGGUGUUGGUGGGAGCAAACCUGUUUCUAAAAAAGCCAGCGGGCCACCCAAACCUGCUCCGCCCCCCCUGAACUUUGCAGACUUGCUCAAAUUGGCUGAGAAGAAGCAGUUUGAGCCAGUUGACCUCAAACCAAAGGCAAUGAAAAAGGACGAAAGGCUUCGCACAGCUGAUGAGAUAAGAGAACUGGAGAUGGAGCGCAAGGCCAAAAGGUCGGACAAAGAUAGGGACAGAGAUAGAGAUAGAGACCGAGACAGAGACAGCAAAUCUCAGUCUAGCUCUAGUUCAGUAAGAAAAAGCACUUUAGAAAAGGAACAGAAUAACAGCAAACCACACAAGUCCUCCUUAGAAAAGUCCAGUGUGUCCAGUGGGUCAGGAAAGAAAUCUCAUCCAGCACUGACUAAUGACAGAGGUCCCUCUUCUUCCAAACCCUCAGUUAGCGACAGAGAAAGAGACAGAGCCAAGACGUCUCACACCGAUAGAGACCGAUCCAAGACGAGCUUAUCGAGUUCAUCUGGCGCUAUAAACGGUAAAAUUCCCUCUAAGGCCACAUCAUCUCAGGGUUCAGCCAAACAGGGAGGUUCAAGGCCCUCAUCUAGCCUCAAAGCCAGCACCUCAAGUGACCUUAGCAAAAAAGAAAGCUCGUCAUCCCUUCAGAAAAGAGCUUCAGGUGUUCCUGGGACCAGGCCGUCUAGUACACCUGGCACAGGCCAGAAGUCUCACCAUGGAAGCUCCCAACAGAUGAGGCCUAGUCAGGGUGGCUCCUUAAAGCAGGGAGCCGCUACAGUUGGAGCCCAUAAGUCUGGAAAGGGAGAACCAUCAAGGCCUGGAGUUAAUUCUGCUGUAAAAUCUAGUAGUAAUUCAGGAAUGAGAUCUUCUUCCGGUGGCCCUUCUAAACCUCAGGCAAGGCCCGGAGGCACACUCCAGGCAAAGGCUGGAUCUGCGCCGCAGGCCAGGCCCGGUGCGAGCGGCCUACAGGGUCAGGCUGCAGGUAGAGGAGCCCGGCCUGCAGGGAAUGGACUGGUACGGCCCGGUAGUCAAGGGAUGGCACAAGGACGACCAGCUGGCAGCAUGGGAUCGGGACCCGGAAGACCCAAGUGCACUGUUGUGUCGGAGACUAUCUCCUCUAAGAAUGUUGGUGGAGCACGACCAGGAGGCCCUCCUCGGCCAGGCAUGUCACAGAGACCUGGGAUGCCGCCCAGGCCGGGAAUGCCGCCCGGAAUGGGAAUGCCGCCGAGGCCGGGAAUGCAGCCGAGGCCGGGAAUGCCACCCAGACCGGGAAUGCCACCCAGACCUGGAAUGCCAAACAGACCGGGAAUGCCUCCCAGGCCUAUGAUGAACAGACCGCCAGGACCAAUGUUGCCCCCCAUCACGUCUGCGUACAAGAGAAAAUAUGAGGAUGAGGAAGAUGAAUAUGAUUCAGAGAUGGACGAUUUUAUUGAUGACGGAGGUGAAGAGCAAGACGAAAUUUCCAGGCACAUUAAGGAAAUCUUUGGUUAUGAUCGAUCGAGAUACAAAGAUGAGAGUGACUAUGCCCUUAAAUUUAUGGAGAGCAGCUGGAAGGAUGUGCAGAAAGAAGAGGCCAGGAGCCUGAAAAUGGCUGUGCUGGAGGAUCUGGAGGAGGAGAAAAAGGAGCAAGAGGAAAUGAAAAAGAAAACUGUCAAGAGGCCAAGAAAAAACUGAAGCUUCGUCAUAAUAAAAAAUAAUCACGUGUCCCCUGAAAGCUGGGACCGUGGAUCUGCCAUUUCAACACUUUAAAACCCAGAGACUGUUUCCGUUUAGGCCCCGGAUGUUUGGACAAGUGGAGUCGCGCCGGCUGAAGAGGAGAAAAAAAAAAGAAAAAAGACAAGACUUUUUAAUAAAAGACAACCUGAAAAAAAGAUAAAUAAUGCACAAAUCAUUCAGGCAUUAGAAUAGAAAGAAUCUCCCAGUCUCCCCAUUAUAUUUAUUCCCCUUUCCCACUGAGUGCAGGGUUUACAACAGUUCCAAACUUUAAAAAGAGUUGAACUGCAAAGACAACUAUUAAUAUGAAAGAGUGUGACUUUUUUUUAAGUCUAAUGAUGACAUGUUGAUAACAUGCUAUUUUUGAGCAGACGAUGUUGCAUAUUUUUUACGAACAAUCUUUGAUUGUAAAGCCAGUUAAAUAUGCGGAAAAUCA